CCGGCGCCGUCGGGACGCUUCCGGCGCCCUCCGAUUCAAACCGGCGGCGGGAGGCGCGGCUUGCCGGGGCGGCGUCUGCUCCGCGGCCUCGCUAUGGACCCGAUCCGGAGCUUCUGCGGGAAGCUGCGGGCUGUGGCCCGCACGCUGGACUGCGAGGCGGCCCGGCUGCAGCGAGCGCUGGAGGGGGAGGACAGCGACUUUGAAGAGUACCCGAUGAGAAUUUUGCACGACCUCCAUUCCGAUGUCCAGACGCUCAAGGACGAUGUCAGUAUCCUUCUUAGUAAAACAAGUCUGGAAAAUCAAGAGAACAUUUGUUUCCUAAAGACAGUAAAAGUACUGAUGAAAAAAAACUCAGCGGAUAUUAUGAAAAUACAAGAGUAUUUCCAGAAGUAUGGGUAUGAGCCACGUGUCAAGAAGAAUUCAGUGUGUGAGCAGGAUGGUGUGGACUGUGCGGCAGAGCUGGCUCAGCAGCCUGAGGACCGGGGUGCCCCCACGGAGCCUCCCAGCCCCGACACCUCCAUCUCCGAGAAGCCUGCACGUAGUCCACAACUUUCCGAUUUUGGACUUGAGCGAUACAUGAUCCCCCAUGCCCUGCCCAAGCCUGCCGCGGCAGAGAGCCAGCACCAGGAAGAGCCCCAGGCAACUCCAGCUGCCAGGCAGUCGGCCGUGACCGUGCCCAAGACGCCGAGGUGUGCGCUGAGAAUGGAUGACUUCGAGUGUGUGACUCCGAAGUUAGAACAUUUUGGGAUCUCUGAAUACACUAUGUGUUUAAAUGAAGAUUACACAGUGGGGCUGAAAAAUAUAAAGAAUAGUAAGAGGGAGGAGACAAUAGAAACAGGACGCACGGGCGGUGACCUUGCCACUCCUGAGCCCAUAAUCCAGCAGCCGAAGAACUGUGAUGCUGGUUAUGCAGAUUCCCCCGUAGUGCCUACGUUCUGCACUCCUGGUUUGAAAAUUCCUAUGAGGAACAGCACAACUUUGAUGUCUACAAAUCAUCCAACAUCAAAAGCAAACAGCUCGUCACAUGAAGUGCAGGUCACAGAUUGUGGUCCCUUAGUGUUAAAAUCAGACGAGUGCUUUGAGAACUUCUCUGAUCCCUCACCCGCUACGAUUUCUUCCUACGAGAACUUUCUCAGAUCACCGACACCUCCUGAAGUCACCACAAUCCCAGAAGACAUGUUCCAGAUUUUAACAAAAUACAAUUCAAAGCUGGCUACCCCCAUAGCUAUUAAACCAAUGCCAGGCAAGAAAGAGUUCCUCAGAUAUGAAGGACGCAACUUCCGGGAUGUUGGCAACAAAGAAAACUGGUGAAAAAAUUCUAAUGGAUCCAUCUGUCAUAAAAACCGAACAGAAUGGAAUGAAGACAUAACUGGAUUCACUUCUACAUUUUAAGAACUGACCCAUUAUAAUGAGCAACAUAGACACUGCUGUCAUAUGCUUUGUAAUGAAGUUGGGAUUUGGUUCAGCCUCGGUCUUCCUGACUUGGAGUUUUCCAUCACUGCUACUAAACUGCCCUGCUGCAUCUAACAGAAUGGUUUAGUAGUAAUAGGAAGUAGGGCAAACACUUUUUAAAAUCGGAAUGCUACUGUUUGAUCUCCCAGUAAGGCCACGCAGAUCUGUUUGUGGCCAUGUGCUCUUUGCUGCCCGCUAGCUCUGCCCUCAUCUCCUCUUAAGA